AUGAGUCCAGCCACGUUUGCUCCUGCCAAGGACGAGGUUUCCAUGGUGCUGAGGAAAGGCUCGAUGGCAUUGAGAAGAGCUGCCUGUGAGAAGAACAAGACUGCCAAGAGAGUGAAUCUGUGGCAGUUUUUGAGAAUAGUUGUUUCUCGUAAGUCCCUGGAUGAACGACUUGUAAUUGUCGCUGAUCCCAAGAGAGUCGAAGAACUUUUGAGAGCUCUGGCUGGUGUACUUGACCAAACCCGUGAUAUAAUUGAGAGAGGGCCAAGGAAAGUAGGUUUGGUAGUAGUCGCUGAUAAAAGAGUCGAGGGCCUGAGACUGGUAGUAUUUCACGAUAGAAAUCGAGUACAAACCGAACCGCCAGACCAGUCUCAACGACGUGAGGAUGUCGCUCGAGGACGGUUCCAGAAUGUAAUCCAUGGCCUGGCCGUCCCAAAUAGCAAACGAGGACUCGUUACCAAAACCUUCGGUGACGGUCAAAUUGAACACCUCUGCAGCAUUGGCCAACAACUCGUUUUCCUGGAUGAAAAUGCUGGCACCCAAUUCGGCCGCCACUCCGUCGAAAUCAAUAGGAGUCGAUCUGCCUCCAAUGUAGUCAUUUUUGUCAAAAACUGUAAUAUUGAAUGCAUGACCGGUGAACUUUUGGAGAUGAUACGCAGCAGACGAUCCACCAGCUCCGGCGCCAACAAUUGCGACCCGUUGAUUGGAGACGGGAAUUGGCUGCUGGUAGGCAAGACACGAAACGAAAAGAAGAACCACGGCUGCUAG